AUGCCUGAGGUGGAACAAGACUGUACGUUUGAUAAUGAAGAUGCUAUCGAUGCUAUAAUGUUGAGCAUGUAUGAGGCUGGAGGAGAAGAAGGGAGCGGUUUUCACAUCUUCAAUGUCGCUGCAGAUCAGUAUCAUCGCGCUGAGGUCCUUCAGCGAACAGGUGCCAUCGAUAUUACCUGUAGACUUGAAAAGGUGAUCCAUGGGGCAAUGUCAGCAGACAGCGAGCGAUACGCAACCCUGGUUGUUCUACAGUGGUUCUUUCAGUCGAGCAAUAAGCGCCGCAUUUCGGAGGCCACUAUCGAGCUUCUGUUUGAAGCAAAUUCGGGCGAUGAUGAUGAUAUUGAAGUUGAGCGGAUCUCAUUCGACGGUACAUACAGCUUGAUGCCAACAACACAACAGGAGAGCCUCACUACGGGAGGCGAGGCUAGCGUUGGCAUAAGCCAGCUCGCCAGCUUCAGUCUAAGCGGAAAGUGGGAGAAAGUAAUCACUAGGCAAACAUCAGACGCCGUCACACUAAGCGGCGGGAAACGUAUCGUCAACAACAGGCCGCCGAAUCGCAUCGCAAAAUGGAUCCUCUCGGAAAACAAAUCGCAGCCCACAGGUAUUCCGGCUUCUCUGAAAGUGGCUGUUCUUGUCUCGAGAUUAGAGGAAAGGAAAUUUACUUGUCGAUUAGCAUUAUCAUGCAAGACAGACACAAGGACGGCUGCCGAGAGCUUCUUUAAGAAAAUACCCAAAGAUGACCCGAUUGUUUUUCAACCAGACUUUCAUGACAAGGGGACGCGCCCGAACAAGAACGUGACUUAUGGCGACGAAACGCUGGGAAGCAUAGAUCUUAACAAACUUGGCGAUGUGACCUUUAGGGCUAUCAUUACAAACGGGGAAAAUACGCUGCAAUAG